CUAUUAUAUCGUUAAAAAUUCAUGGGGUGAAUCAUGGGGAAAUGAUGGUUAUAUCUGGAUGUCACGUAAUAAGAAAAAUCAAUGUGUUGAUUUGUAUCCUGCAUUCUAUAAUUUAAAUAAACGUUUAAAUUCAAUAUUAAAUGAUAACAAUCUAUUAGUUGGUAUUGAUGUAGUUACAAUUAAAACAUGUGAUACAAAUUAUUUAUGUAGUACUUUAAUUUCAUUAUGUUCAUCACGAAUUUUAUAUGUAAAUUUACGUAAUCACUGCUCAUUUCCAGCAGAAUUUCAAUUUCGUAUUAAUGAAUUUUUACAAUUACGCUCAUUUGCCAUACUAUAUCCAUCUAAAAAACAAAUACAUUAUUAUUUUCCAUUAUUUCAACAUACAACAAAUUUAGAACGUUUCUUCUAUAUUAAAACAAACACAAUAAAAUAUGAAAAAAAAAAUUAUCAGUUACCAUUAUCAUUAUCAUAUUGCCAUUUAGCAACACUGUGUGAAUAUAA